AUGUCAGAAUUUGAAGAUCUGAAAAAUGCUAUUUCGUGUUUAAAUAAAAGUGUCUCAGAGUUUCCAAUCGGGGCUGUCUCCAUAGAAGAUUUUAAACCAAUUGAAGAAAAAAUUAGAAAUACACGAGAAUCGUUGAAACAUGCAACGGAUGAAGAACCAGAGGGAAAUAUAAAAGAUACAGUAACAGAUUUACAUGAAGCAACAGCAAAUUCUCUUAUAAAUAAUGCAGUGGUUAAACUAUGUCUUCAUUCUUAUACUAUUCAAGCUAUUUUAGAAGGCAAAGAAAGCGAUAAUGAUACGCUAAGAAAAAUUUAUGCAUAUAUGAGUAAGCUUUUUAGUUUGAAUGAUAAUAUUUUGUUACUACAAAAUGAAGUAGAAGAUGCGUUAAAAGUGCAAUUGCAAUUAAAAAUUCAAUGCCGUAAUGCAUUAUUCAAAUAUAAAAAUUUUUUAAAGGAACAGGAGGAAAUACGUAACAAAAAACUACAAGAAAUAAAUCCUGAAUUAGUAAGAAAUAAAGAAAAAACAAAUAAAACUAUAAGAAAUAUUAAUCUAAUGAAGAAACUAAUUGUAAAUUUUAUUGCUGCUUCUAAUCACAUGUUAUUUAAAAAACCAUUUUUUGUAAAAAUGCUAGAAGAACAUAGAGAGUUGAUUAAUAUUGAAACAGUUUCAAAAAUGUCUCAAAAUAAUUCAGAAAACAAAGAAAAUGAAAGCUAUACUCAAAUGAAUGAUAUUUAAGUAACACUUUAUAUUAUUUAUUGUUUUUAUACUUUUGUACUUGUACUAUAUUUUUAAUGCAACAAUUUUUAUAUAGAUUUCAAAUAAAACAUACUACAGUAUUUUUUAAAUAAGAACAUUUUUACUAUUAUUAGAUACAAAUUUUUCAAAUUAUAUCAUAUACCAAACUGAUAAUGACAACAAUCUAAAAUAUUAAUACUUCCUUUUAAUAUUUGACAAUAAAAAUCUUGUUUCGGGUCUUUAUCCACGAAUAUUGAAAUGAUUGCAAAGAAUAGGAAAUCUUUAAAACACGUUGUGUAUCAUUUUUUUUUCUUUUUCUUUUCUAUAG